AUGCCGAACGCUACUCUUUACUAUUGCGAGUCCGCAUUCUUCAACAACACCAAUUGUCCUGGUAUCUUCGAGAUGGGGGAUCGGGGAAGACGGAACCUGUGUUUGACAACAAAUCAAGUCGACGUUCCAGCAAUCGCAUUCAACUACUCGCAAGCAAAUGGUGGGAGCGGCGCGGGCAUCGCCUGUACCAAUCCAGCCAGUAGCACAGCAGGCCGAACUGUCAAAGUCGCACGAGGACUCAUGUUGAUCACCCUCCUCACUUGCCUCGUGUCAGCUGCUGCCGGUCAGCCCACGCUUGGCACCUCCAACGCCCAACUCGAUGGCCGAGAAGAAUCGAGGCUCUCCGACUUCAACUUCAGAGUAGAAGAGAAACGAGACGUAUCCUGCAACUUCUUUCUACCUCUCACUCCAGGUAACUAUACGAGCUCGGGGCUUAUCAAAACGUCCGAUGUAGUUGACUGCAGGCAGUCUCCUUCACCAUGCACUGUGUCGAUUGCUGGAGGCAAGAAGGCCACUUUUUCGAGCGAGUACUUCCUCGAGGGAGGUGGUUCGUGGAAGGACCCGAAUCUGUAUCAAACAUUUGGCACAGAUUAUGUCGAAUCGUAUUCGUCAAACGUCGAGUAUACUAGCUGGGUACCGGUUGGACAGUGCGGAUACCUGGUCAGCUACAGUGCUGCUAUUCUGUAUGAAGGUCAGUACAGCGGUUGUAGCGAUGGAGGCAACAGGACAGGAACAGCCGUCGUUGUGCGGAAGAGCUCGCCAUUGAGCUCACUGGUGAUGACAAACUGUUGA